UAAUAUGUAGGGGGAAAUAGGGCGAGGAGGGAUUUGAGCGAAGCCAUCCAGCGACUGAGGACGCAUCAGGUGGAGACAACAACUGCAUUACGCACCAAGAAUAUAUAGAACAGUACACUCUGGGCAGCUAACUUCAAACAUAUUGACAAAAUGUCUCAUAAAAAGUAUCUUCACUUACAUUGUAUCGAAAAACAAUGAGGAACAUUGCAACGAAUUGAGAUACAAUAUUGUGUGAUGGCUGCAUUCAAGAGACUCAAGAGACCUUGAAACAAAUUAUGCUUUGAUUAUCUGAAUAGGCAAAAACGCCUGCCAGCUAGUGUCAAACGCCCCUGGAAGACAUAAUAAGGCAUUUGUGCCCCCUUCACUUACAUUUGAAAAUAUUUCAGCACUAGAAAAAGUGAUGAACUCGUCAGGUUUGGACAACCUAACCGAAUUUGCACCAUGGUAUGUCAACAGAACGGAUAUCGAGGAGGAAAAUCCGAAACUUUUGUUCGGGAUUGGCAUGGACAACUUCAUUACGCUUUUGGUUUUCGGACUCAUCUUUACACUUGGAGUGUUGGGAAACUCCAUGGUUAUCACGGUGCUGGCCCAUAGUAAACCCGGAAAACCACGGAGCACCACCAACAUAUUCAUCCUCAACCUUAGCAUCGCCGACCUGUCCUACCUGCUUUUCUGCAUCCCCUUUCAGUCAACUAUUUACAUGAUGCCGACAUGGGUUCUAGGUGCCUUCAUCUGCAAGUUUAUUCAUUAUUUCUUCACCGUUUCUAUGCUGGUCAGUAUUUUCACCUUGUCCGCAAUGUCGGUGGACCGCUACAUUGCCAUUGUUCACUCCAGAAAAUCGUCCUCCAUCCGUGUGUCAAAGCACGCUUUGAUCGGAGUGGUGGUCAUUUGGAUACUCUCUUUGGCCAUGGCAGCGCCAGUCGCGGUCAUACACAACAUAUACCAGAGAGACGAGAAUCACACCUAUUGCUGGGAAGUGUGGCCGGAUCAAAACCAAAAGAAAGUCUAUGUUGUUUGCACGUUUGUUUUUGGUUAUGUAUUGCCCCUGUUGCUGAUUUCGUUCUGCUACGCAAAGGUUUUAAAUCACCUGCACAAAAAACUCAGAAACAUGUCCAAAAAGUCAGAGGCGUCGAAAAAAAAGACUGCCCAGACGGUUCUUGUAGUGGUGGUGGUGUUCUGCCUGUCAUGGCUCCCUCACCAUGUGGUCCACCUGUGGGUGGAGUUUGGCAACUUCCCCUUGACCCAGUGGUCCUUCUUGUUCCGGGUGGCGGCCCACUGCCUGGCCUAUAGCAACUCCUCCGUCAACCCUGUCAUCUAUGCCUUCCUCUCGGAGAACUUCAGAAAGGCCUACAAGCAGGUGUUCAGGUGUCAGAUUACCAACUCCCCUCUCAACGAACUCAAGGAGUUCCGCAGCAAGGUGGACAACACACCACCCUCCACCAACUGCACCAACGUCUGAUUGGAGGGCACUGAGUGCCAGCUCAACUACGGCCAUGAUGAUUGGUUGUUUUCAAGGGGCCUUCUGAGACAUAUAAUGCCAUGACAUUCCAUGUUUGUAUGAAGACAAUAUGAAGAAAACUGGAUAUGCACUCAAGCUACAUAGGUCCACAUCAGCGCUGUUCCGUCAUCAGAAUAACGCCACGCCAGACGAUGUGCCAUACUGGACAUACGAUCAUAUGUGUAGUGAGCUGGACAUACGAUCAUAUGUGUAGUGAGCUGGACAUACGAUCAUAUGUGUAGUGAGCAUCUCUCUUCCUUUCUCUUUCUCUCUUGCUCCCUCUCUCUCCCUCUUGCUUUCUCUCCCGUUCUCUCUGUCAUUAUCACAGGAAGAUUGCUGAGUCUGACUCUCAGGAAUGGAAAGAAGGUGGACUUUGAUAUUUCACUGACCCUCUUCUUAUAAAUCAAAACUGUGAAUGUUUGGUAAUUUGCCUUCUUAUAUGUGCAGAUAUUUUGUGCAUGUGCAUAUUGUUGGUCCUUCUUAAUGCUGUAUUUAGGCUGUCUUAAGUAGCUAUUGAAAUGAGCAUCUAUAAUAUAGCUUCAAUCUACACAUUAAAGCCUGAGGUUACUGCUGUAUAUUGUACGUAGUAUUCUAUCUUGCAGUAGUUUUGAAUUGUUAAGCUAUUGCUCUAUUAGAUAUUGCUCAGAAUAUAAAAAAUGCACACAGUGUAAUUUUCUCUUUAAAGUUGAAUACUGUUUGAAGAGAAAGCAUUUUGUUGUUUGAAUGUAAUGGCCAAUUCUCUUGUUGCGAGUUGCCAAUGUGUAUACAAGGGAAUGUUGUCCGUAUAACUUAAACCUGUCUUGCCAUCUGUAAUAGAGAGUUUUCAAUGGAGAAAAAAAACACAUGUUGGGACUUUUAAUAAUACUAUUGUAUAAACGAUUUAAAAAUACUAUAAUGUGUAGUCAAUAUAAGCCUACUUUAUCUUAUUUAUUAAAUUGGUGUAUGAUAUGGAAAGCUUAAGUCCAUGUUUUCUGGCGUAUUGUUUUGUGAUGACUUUGGCUUGUACAUUACAACUUGUACAGGUACAGUAUGUGGUUUUAUCUUAGUGCUGGAUCACUGAGCAACCUUGCUUCAAAGGCAUUGUGUGGGAUCUCGUUACCCUUUGACUUCCAUUUCCCCUCAUCAUUACAGAGUAAACUAAAGACAAAUCUUCAAAGAUCAGAGACUGCCAAGAUUUUGUUUAUCACUUACAAUCAGAAGUAAACAGAAAAAAACAUAACUAUUCUCACAAAAGUAUAUCCAGCACCCUUUUCACAGCUAAUACCACAUCCAUGUUUGAUAGUUUAGUAUAUGUGAGAGAGAUUUGAAAAAGUCACUUCUCAUUUUAUGUGUCGAAAGCUAGCUAAUACUCUUUAAAUAUUUAAAUAUUUUGUUUGGUUAACAUAAUCCAAUCAGGGAUUGCCUACUCUAUCAAUCAAUCAAUCAAUCAAUCAAUCAAUCAAAUUAAUUUAUAAAGCCCUUUUUACAUCAGCCGAUGUCACA